AUGGAAUGUGCACCGCAGACGCUCACGGCCACCCGGGCGGUGCCGCUCGAGGCUCCACUCCUCUUUGGCCACCCUCGCCCGAUGACGCGAGCAGAGGCUGCGGCCGCGGCGUUGCGGGAGGGCCUGCACCUCGUGCCUGGCGAUGGCCAGACCGGCUAUCGCGGCAUAUCGUACCGGCCGGAAAAGAAUAGUCUGUUGGCGAAGCCCUUCAAGGCGCGGCUCGUGCACGCCGACCGCGGCGGCUAUGUGGAGCACAUUGGGCGCUUCACUAGCGCUCAUGAGGCAGCACUGGCGUUUGCGCGGCGCCUUGGGCCAGAGGCGUGCGCCUGCGAGCCCCGCAGCGAUCCUCCCCCUCCGCCUCCUCCUCCGCCUCCUCCUCCUCCUGCUGAUGCUUCUCCUGCUGCUGCCCCGCCGCCUCCAACGCCACCGGAGGCUCCACACGCCGGGACUAAAGUCGAGCAGCUCAUCCGCGACCGGCAGGCGGCGCGCGAGCAGCGCGACUUUGCCGAGGCGGACCGCAUUCAGCUCAAGCUGCGUGCGCUGGGCGUGUCCGAGGCGGCGAUGCAGGGCAAACCAGCUGCCGCGUCGUCCUCGCCGUGCAGCGCUGGCGGCUCGAGACCGCUCUCGACGGCCGCCGCGCCGUCCUUGCCAGCCGCGCCCACCGCUCCUCCUUCGGACUUUCUCGAGGGCCUCCUUGGCGUUGGCCCCGCCGGCACCCCGGCCGGCGCCAGCAGCGGGUCUGCCAAAAGAAGGCGGAAGACAGCGAGUCGCGAGUCGGUUAGUGCGGGCGCGGGCGAAGAGGGUGAUGGGGCAGGUGAGCCACCUCCGAAGCGAAAGCAGCCCAGCGGCGCCGCAAAGCGCAAGGCGCUCGCGAAGAAGCGCGCGGCGGCGUCGAUGGUCGCCCUGGUGCUCUUUUCGCCGCAGCUGUGUGUUCGCUACUUCGAUGGCAAUCCAUCACCCUGGUUAACACAUUUCCUGGGAACCUGCAGCGUCAUCGAGGGCUGCGACCCGGACAAAAUUAACUACAUCGGCUACCACUACUACUCAAACUCUAAGGAGGAAGUGUUCACGGAACUGGCCGAUCGAAUCGGACAUUUCUACGAAUCAUUUGGCAAGAAGCUGUGGAUCACCGAGAUGGCAGUCGGUUUUGGCAAACAAGGCCGGCAGGUCCAGGACGAAUGGAUGUCCAGAACGCUGCUGGCGCUCGAGACGGACGACAGGGUGUUUCGGUACACGUGGUUUGCGACACGCAACCCGGUUGACCGCCCCCUCCGCAUGGAUGCUCUCCCGUGA